GGAAGUGCUUCGUUUGGCUUGUGUGUCAGCGGCAGGAUGACAGCGAUGUCGACAAAGCAUGGAAACGGACUCGCGCCAACAUGCCAUGGCUGAGACGGACGUACCUGAGAUUGAGUAAAAAAAAAAAAAGGUUUUCUUCUCAUUCCGUGUGGAAGUGCGUGGCAGGCAGGACGAGGAGCACCGAGCAGCAAGCCCGGAAAGAGGAUUUGACACUGGGCAUCCUUUGCCUCCAAAAGUACCUUGGAGGAAAAGAAGGAGGCGAAAGAGGAGGAGGAGGAAGGUGGUGACUGUUGGGAACCUUACCCCCCACCUAUCUCCUUCUUCUUGUUUUUUUUUUUUUUUUUUUUUACUGUAACAUAUAUCAGCAAGAAAAAAAGUCAUUUUUUAAUAUUUGGAUUAAAGCUCUUUUUGGGGGGGCUGAAUGGGUGCUUCUUACGGAUCAUUCCAUCAGUUGGAGUUGUCAUGUCCAAAGAAGAAGACACUGACUGACUGACGACUCUGGAGCAUUUUUCAUUUAUUUUAUUAUUUUUUUUUGGAAUCCAGUUGAAGGCUGCCAGGCGAGGACACGGGGGAAGAUGCGACCUCCCGGCCCUCUGCUGAUCCUGCUGUAUGUUACACUGUCAGAGUGUCUCAAGGUGGUCUCAAAGAGAGGCUCAGUGGACGGUUGCACAGACUGGUCGGUGGACUACCUGAAGUAUCAGGUGCUGCAGGGCGAGCCGGUGCGGCUAAAAUGCGCCCUGUUCUAUGGCUACAUCCGGGCUAACUACAGCCAGGCUCAGAGCGUGGGCCUCAGCCUCAUGUGGUACCGCAGCUCGGGCCUGGGACACAGCGACUUCGAGGAGCCCAUCUCUUUUGAUGGCGUACGCAUGAGCAAGGAGGAGGACGCCAUCUGGUUUCGACCCGCCGACCUCCAAGACGUAGGCCUCUACUCCUGUGUCUUACGGAACUCCACCUACUGCAUGAAGGUGUCCAUGUCUUUAACCGUGGCUGAGAACGACACCAACAUGUGCUACAACUCCAACAUGCGACGGAUGGAGAAAGCCGAACUCAGCAAGAGCAAAGACAUCCUAUGCCCCGACAUCGAUGACUACGUUGAGCCCGGCAAGGAUCCGGAAAUUACUUGGUACAAGGAAUGCCAUCCAAAGCAGUGGCGAGCCAGCAUCAUCCAGAAGAGAGACCUCCUGUCUUUUCAGGAGGUGAAGGAGGAUGACAUUGGAAAUUACACCUGUGAGGUCCAGUUUGGCGGCUUUGCAGUCAGGAGAACGACGGAGCUCAGCGUCACUGCCCCUCUGACCGACAAGCCUCCAAAGAUCCUGUUCCCUUCGGAAAACAAGAUUAACAACAUGGAGCUGCAGCUAGGAGGAGCUCUCAACCUGACGUGUCGGGCCUUUUUCGGCUACAGCGGAGACGUCAGCCCGCUCAUCUACUGGAUGAAGGGAGAUAAGUUCAUCGAGGAUCUGGAUGAAGAACGAGUACAGGAGACAGAAAUCAAGGUUGUCAAGGAGCAUCUGGGUGAGCAGGAAGUCGCCAUCUCCCUGACGAUUGACUCACUGGAGGAGGAGGAUCUGGGAAAUUAUUCAUGUUACGUGGAAAAUGGCAACGGCCGUCGCCAGGCUACCAUCCAGCUCUUCAGGAAGGCAGAGCUCAUGUACACAGUGGAGCUGGCUGGGGGUCUCGGGGCCAUCCUGCUGCUACUCAUCUUCCUCAUCUCGCUCUACAAAUGCUACAGGAUUGAGCUGAUGCUUUUCUACAGGAGGCAUUUUGGCAGCGACGACCUGGAUGGAGAAAACAAAGACUAUGACGCCUACUUAUCCUACACCAAAGUGGACCCUGACCAGUGGAGCCAGGAGACCCGGGAAGAGGAACGCUUUGCCCUGGAGAUCCUCCCCGAUGUGCUGGAGAAGCAUUACGGAUACAAACUCUUCAUCCCAGACCGAGACCUCAUUCCAACAGGAAGUCUCACCACUGAGCAUUACCAGGAUGACACGCGGCUCUUUGGAGCCUACAUUGAGGAUGUGGCGCGCUGUGUAGACCAGAGCAAACGCCUCAUCAUCGUCAUGACACCCAACUACGUGGUGCGACGAGGCUGGAGCAUCUUCGAGUUGGAAACACGCCUCCGCAACAUGUUGGUCACCGGCGAAAUCAAGGUCAUCCUCAUCGAGUGCGCCGAGCUGCGCGGCAUCAUGAAUUACCAGGAAGUGGAGGCCCUCAAGCACACCAUCAAAACGCUCACUGUCAUCAAGUGGCGCGGCCCCAAGAGCAAUAAGCUCCACUCUAAGUUCUGGAAGCAGUUGCAGUACGAGAUGCCAUUCCGGCGCACCGAGCCCAUGCUGGGCCAUGAGCCGGCGCUGGACGUCAGCGAGCAGGGCCCCUUCGGCGAGCUGCAGACCGUCUCGGCCAUCUCCAUGGCGGCGGCCACCUCCACUGCAAUGGCCACCGCCCACCCGGAGCUGCGCUCAUCCUUCCACAACUCGUACCACACCACCGUGAGGCAGAAACACUACUACCGCAGCUACGAGUACGACCUGCCGGCAGCGGGCACCCUGCCGCCGCUCUCCUCGCUGGGGAACCAGCACACCUACUGCAACAUCCCACUCACGCUACUCAACGGCCAGAGGCCUCCUGGGAAGAGCCGGGAGCACAGCCUGGAGGAGGCGCACACCAACAACGCCAUGCUUCCCCUGCUGCCUAGAGAGACCAGCAUCUCCAGCGUCAUCUGGUAACUACCUGGCGGAGCGGGGGCUGGAUGGGAUGAAGCUCCAACGGCAACAUCGCGAUAUUAGGGGGACUUUUCCCAACUGGCGCAACUCCAUCUCCCUGUGAGGAUUCCCUUUUUUAAUGUGAUUUCUAAUCAUGACAUCAUCGACAAGACAAUUCCACACUGAAGGACACUAUCGUGCACGCACAUGAAUAUACAUCCAAACAAAAAGGAAAACAGGGUCUUGUACAUAUAAUCUCAAUUUAUUUGUAGCAUCAGUGUUUUCCUUCUCUGUUCUUGCAUUUCAUUCAAUCUGUUGCCUUCUGUUUUGUAGGAGUUUGCUUUAACUCUACAAAUCCAGUGGAGAAAAGACAUAUUUGAUCUGCUGAUUUUUGUACGAUUACUGCCUUACAAAGAUUUGAACAGUCCGGAACCUUUAUGGCAUAUUUAUUGUAAGAAAGAGAGACAAUAUUUAAAAAAAAAAAAAACAUUAACUUGUUAUAAAUGAAUUUGUAUUGGAUUGAUGGGGGAAGUAUAUGAUCCCUUGCCAACCAGCAAGCAUUCUAAGCUCAACUAAGCUCAACUUGUUAUGUGGAUAAACCUAAUAGACUUCACCACCACUAUGGGCAAGACCAAAGAGCUAUCAAAAAAAUUCCUUUGUCUUGAUUGUAGACAUGCACAAGACUACCAGACCAUCAGCUUGGUGUGUGUGUGUGAGAGAGAGAGAGGCCAUUAUUGGUGCAAAGCCUUAAUGGAAAUAAUACAAGAUGACAGUAAAGUGCUUCAUGCAAGAUUUCACCUUGUGGGUUAAAAGUGAUUCUAAGAAAGGUGAGGGCCCAGCCCAGAAUUACAAGAAAGACCUUUUAAGUCUAACUGGUUUGCAAUUAAUUGAGAUCCAUCCGCAAGACGAUAUGGUCAGAUGAAGCAUCUACUCGACUCAGUAGGCCUGAUCUCUAUAAAUAGAGUAGAUGUGUGUAAACACACAUGGAAACUUGAUAGCGUGCACAAGGCUGUUUUGCUACCAAUAUGCAAAGGUAAUCAUUUUGCAAAUGUGAUUUAGCAAAUCUGAAACCUGUUUGCGGUCAGUGUUUUUGCAUCUGUUUUUGUAGGUUUGGAAGACAGGUGCAAACUGGCACGCAAACUGCGACCAUCAGAGAAAGGAGGCAUACAAUGACAGUGUUGGGGAGUUAGGGUUAGAGGGUUAGGGUUAGAUGGUUAGGGUUAGACGGUUAGGGUUAGAAGGUUAGGGUUAGAUGGUUAGGGUUAGAGGGUUAGAUGGUUAGGGUUAGAGGGUUAGGUAUAGUCAGGCCCUACAACUCUGGUCGACAUAUCACAAUCGAUAAACAGCUCUUCCCAUCCAAGACUUAGGGUUAGGGUUAGAUGUGAGGGUUAGGAUAGAGUUAGGGUUAGAGUUAGGGUGACAGGGUUAGAGGGUUAGGGAUAGUCAGGGCCUACAACCCUGGUCGACACAUCACAAUAGAUUAACAGCUCUUCCCAUCCAAGGGUUAGCGGUUAGAGGUUAGGGUUAGGUUAAGGUAAGUUAGGGUUAGAAAUUAGGGUUAGGGUAGAAUUAGGGUUAGGGUGACAGGGUUAGAUGGUUACGGUUAGAGGGUUAGGGAUAGUCAGGUUCUACAACCCUGGUCGACACAUCACAAUCGAUAAACAGCUCUUCCCAUCCAAGACUUAGAGUUAGGGUUUGGUUAGGGUAGGUUAGGGUUAGAAGUUAGAAGUUAGAAGUUAGGGUUAGGGUUACAGGGUUAGAUGGUUAGGGUUAGAGUGUUAGGGAUAGUCAGGUCCUACAACCCUGGUCGACAUAUCACAAUCGAUGAACAGCUCUUCCCAUCCAAGACUUAGGGUUAAGGUUACAGGGUUAGAUGGUUAGGGUUAGAUGGUUAGGGAUAGUCAGGUCCUACAAUCCUGAUCAACACAUCACAAUCGAUGAACAGUUCUUCCCGUCCAAGAUUGUCAAUAUAUUUAUACUGUCAGAAAUAAAAAUAGUAGAGACAUAUUUUUUUUACAUUCCAUCUCCCACAGUUUUAAUGGACCUCUUAGUUGUGAACCGUCCAUAUCGUUGUAAGGCGUAAAGUUGCAAAAUCAGCAGGGGAUCAAAUAUAUAUUCUCCAACUUUUAUCACUUUUGUUAUUUUUAAUGUGCUUAUUUGGAAAGCCGGUUAUGCAGUGUACUGUUUAAUUUAAAAUCUUUGCAUUGUUUUUUUUAACACUUGUUGUUCGGAUUGCCUGGACAUUUGAUCAGCUUCCGGGAGCUGUAACUACUCUUUUAUUUGUUUGUUUGUUUGACCUGAAAAGGGUGUAUGUACUUUUGGACAAAAAAAAAACAUCAUAGAAUAUGCAAAAAUAAGGAAAAGCGGGAAAAAAUAAAAAAGCAGAGAAGAGGCAAGAAAACGUUGAAGGAAAGAGGCGGGGUUUAUACGAACCAAUUAGCUCCCUGCUGAAGAAGAAGUGGAAGUGUCAUAUUUUGUAUUUGAGACUGGUUGAAAUGCCUCACCUUAAAAAAAUGUGUAGAUUAUUUUAAAAAAUAACUCUAUUUUUAUAAGAGGUUGCUUGAGAAGUCACAUUUUAUUGCAUUUCAUCCACCACAGGAGGAGGAUUUUGUUUUUGUACACACAAAAUGUUUCACUGGAGAUCAUUGGGAUUUUUUUUUAGAAAAAAAAAAACAAUAUUUGCAUUCUGAUAACUGCUUUGGUUGUAUGUAAUAAUUCAUGUUUAAGGAAAGAGGGGGGGGGGGAGUUCAUUUGUGUUUGGGGGACUUUGAAGACGUUUUAGAUAUAUUUGAACGGUGUGACUUUUUUGAGUAUGCAUAGCAAAUAGAUAUGUAUUCUAUAUAUAUAAUAUAGAUAUUUAUAUAAAUAUAUAAACACAAUUUUCACGCGGGGGAGAAAUGUCUAUCUUUAUAGAAACACAAGUCAUGAUCAGUUGCCCUUACUUUCUCACUGCACAUUAAAAAAAAAACUGACCUUUUUGUGUGCAACUUUUCUUAUCGACUGACACUUCAUUAGGUACAAAUGUAAAAUAUGACGACAAACAAUCUGCAA